CUUUCCUCAUUAGCAAUGUCUCCAAUCCUCCCCGUCGACAACCCCAUCCUGCCCUUCUGGCGCACGGAACUCGACCAACUCGAUGACCUCCGCACCACCCCAGACUUACCCCAAGAAACCGACAUCCUCAUCAUCGGUGCCGGCUACGCGGGCGUGACCCUCGCCUACUACCUGCUAAAGCAACUGGGAGAUGCCACCCACCCUCAUCCGACGAUCACUAUCCUCGAAGCGCGCCAGAUAUGCUCGGGCGCGACCGGUCGCAACGGCGGCCACCUCCGCCCCGAUAUCUACGGCCACAUCCCCAAGUACAUCGAGCGGUACGGCCUGGAAGCGGGCGUUGAGAUCGCCAACUUCGAGUACGAGCACAUGCAAGCGGUGAAGGACCUCCUCACGGAGGAGCAGAUCGACUGCGACUUCAACAUCACGCGCAACAUGAACGUGUAUCUCAGUGAGGACGGUGGGGAGCGAGCGCGACAGGUCUACGAGAAGCUUCUAGCACAGGGGGUGGCCGUGGCGAAUGAUUUGCAUUAUACUUCGGCGAAGAACGCGGAGGGGAUCUCAGGCGUCAAAGGCGCGAAAGCCUGCCUCUCCUACACCUCCGGGACCCUCUGGCCCUACAAAUUCAUCCUCGGCCUGCUUUCCAAGAUCGCCUCCUCCCCGGCGCUGAACGUACAGGCCCGAACCCCGGUGACAUCCGUGACAUCCAACGAAGACGGGACGCACACCGUCCACACAACACGAGGCGCCGCCAUCCGCGCUCGGAAGGUCGUCUACGCGACCAACGGCUACACCGCGGGCCUGCUGCCAGAGUACGCCAAGAACAUCGUUCCCUGCCGGGGGAUCUGCUCGCACAUCGCCGUGCCAGAGGGUAAGGAGGUUCCGUUUCUGCCCUACUCGUACGUGGUGUACACGAAGGAGGGCGGAGGGGGCAGCUAUCUCAUCUCGAGACCGGAUGGGAGCAUCAUAGUCGGCGGGGCGCAUUAUACGUUCAAGGAUAAGAGGGAGCAGUGGUAUAAUGUUGUGGAUGAUGGUACGUUGAUUGAACCGACGAAGAAUUACUAUGAUGAUUAUAUGCAGAGGACGUUUAAGGGGUGGGAGGGCAGUGGUGCGUAUGUCAAGGAGAUUUGGACUGGGAUCAUGGGAUACUCGUACGACUCCCAUCCGCACAUCGGACAGGUGCCCGGUAAACCUGGCCAGUAUAUCUGCGCGGGAUUCAACGGCCACGGCAUGCCGGUGGUGUUGCUCAGCGCGAAGGGUCUCGCGGAGAUGAUCGCAACGGGGAAGAAAUUCGAGGAGACGGAGACGCGUAUGCCCCGGUUAUUCGAGACGACUGUUGAGAGGAUUCGAAAGGCUCAGACGGGGCCGGAGGGAGGGGAUAUUCUGGCGAAGUAGCUGGGGUCUGUGGUAGGGAAGCAACGGCAUCCACCGCCAGGAGUCAGUCACUUCAAAGUCCAUGAGAAUUAGACCGUGGACUCGGAGGGUAGAUUACCGUAACUAUCCGCAACUAAUCUAUUGCACC